UUAAUAUUGGUGGGGUGGUUGCCUUUACUUCAAUCCAUAGCCAAAUAAUAUAUUGCCAACUGCAGACCUUUACAAGCUCUCGACUCUCAAGCCAAGCUGUUCCAAUGGGGGAUAAUACCAGCAAUCUUGAAGAAACAGUCAUAAAUCACAGCCAUGAAGGGGAAGUUGAAGGAGAAGAGAGAGACCCAGAAAGCAAUCCCCUGAAUGAGCCACUGCUCAAGAGGAAUCGCACACUUUCCUCCAAUCCACUUGCUUUGGUUGGAGCCAAAGUUUCCUACAUAGAAAGCUUGGACUAUGAGAUAAAUGAGAAUGAUCUGUUCAAGCAUGAUUGGAGGAGCAGAUCGAAAGUUCAAGUUUUGCAGUACGUAUUCUGUAAAUGGACACUGGCUUUCCUUGUUGGACUUCUUACAGGACUUGUGGCCACCUUCAUCAAUCUUUCAAUUGAGAACAUUGCAGGUUACAAGAUUCUCGCUGUUGUCAAAUUCAUCGAAAAUGACAGGUAUUUAGCGGGCUUCCUGUAUUUCACAGGCAUGAAUUUCCUAUUAACAUUCGUUGCUGCUGUUCUGUGUGUGUGCCUUGCACCCACAGCAGCUGGACCUGGUAUACCUGAAAUUAAAGCUUAUCUUAAUGGCGUCGAUACUCCCGACAUGUACGGUGCCAUGACAUUGAUCGUCAAGAUAAUUGGAAGCAUUGGAGCUGUAGCUGCAGGGCUGGAUUUAGGAAAAGAAGGACCGUUGGUGCAUAUUGGGGCCUGUAUAGCCUCCUUACUGGGCCAAGGAGGCACAGAGAAAUACCGGAUCAAAUGGAGAUGGCUUCGAUAUUUCAAUAAUGAUCGAGACCGUCGGGAUCUCAUUACAUGUGGAGCUUCCUCAGGGGUUUGUGCAGCAUUCCGGGCCCCAGUUGGAGGAGUCCUGUUUUCUCUAGAAGAGGUGGCAACCUGGUGGAGAAGUGCUCUCCUCUGGAGGACCUUUUUCAGCACAGCUGUGGUGGCCGUAGUUCUCAGGGCCUUCAUUGAGAUUUGCAACUCUGGGAAAUGUGGCCUCUUUGGCACAGGAGGGCUGGUCAUGUUUGACGUCAGCAAUGUCACUGUGAGAUACCAUGUCAUGGAUAUCAUCCCUGUUGUUCUCAUUGGCAUCAUUGGUGGGGUACUGGGUAGCCUCUAUAACCAUCUUCUUCACAAGGUACUCAGAGUCUACAGUCUCAUCAAUCAGAAGGGGAAAAUGCAGAAGCUCCUCCUCAGUCUAUCAGUUGCACUAUUCACAUCAGUGUGCCAAUAUUGUCUUCCAUUCUUCACAAGAUGCAUUCCCUGUGAUCCAUCACUUCCAGAAAAUGCCUGCCCCACAAAUGGACGAUCUGGAAAUUUUAAACAAUUCAAUUGCCCCACUGGCCAAUACAAUGAGCUUGCUACGUUGUUGCUCACCACUAAUGAUGAUGCUGUUCGAAACAUAUUCUCAACCAACACUCCUCAUGAGUAUCAUCCAUCUUCGCUCCUGAUUUUCUUCGCACUCUAUUGCAUAUUAGGACUGAUUACUUUUGGGAUUGCUGUUCCAUCUGGGCUCUUCCUCCCAAUCAUCCUCAUGGGUUCAGGUUAUGGCCGUCUUCUUGGCCUCUUGAUGGGACCUCACACAAAAAUUGACCAGGGGCUGUUUGCUGUCCUGGGUGCAGCCUCCCUCAUGGCAGGUUCAAUGAGAAUGACAGUAUCAGUUUGUGUGAUCUUCCUUGAACUCACCAACAAUCUUCUGCUACUACCCAUUACAAUGCUUGUUCUCCUAAUAGCAAAGACUGUCGGAGACAGUUUCAACCCUAGCAUCUACGAAAUUAUACUGCAAUUAAAAGGCCUUCCUUUCUUGGACGCAAAUCCUGAGCCAUGGAUGAGGAAUCUCACAGUGGGUGAGCUUGUUGAUGUGAAGCCACCGGCAAUCACCCUAAAUGGAGUAGAGAAGGUAGACCGUAUAGUGGAAGUCCUUAAAAACACUACACAUAAUGGAUUCCCUGUGGUGGAUGAAGCAGGGGAAGCUUCAACAGGAAUUGCCAAGCUUCAUGGACUGAUCCUAAGAGCACACCUGGUGAAAGCGCUGAAAAAGAAAUGGUUCCUGACGGAAAGAAGGAGAACAGAGGAAUGGGAAGUGAGAGAGAAAUUUACGUGGGUGGAUCUGACAGACAGAGAAGGGAAUAUUGAGGAGGUCGCUGUGACGAGGAAGGAAAUGGACAUGUUUGUUGAUCUACAUCCUUUCACCAAUACGACUCCUUCGACGGUUCUGGAGAGCACAUCGGUGGCAAAAGCGAUGGUCCUCUUCAGACAACUAGCACUUCGCCAUUUGCUUGUGUUGCCCGAUUAUCAAGAAUCCGGGGUAUCUCCUGUAAUUGGCAUCUUGACCAGGCAGGAUCUACUAGCCCACAACAUUCUUACAGUCUUUCCUAACCUGAAAAAAAUGUGAGGGCAGAGGUAAAAAGGAACAAAACGUUUCGUAAUAAUUGAACGGCUACGCAGCUUCUUAGAACGAAGUCUCCAUUUUCAUUCCUGAAAGAGCUCCUCGUCAGUUUUGUAUUACGUGGAUCGAGGUACAGGGAUGAAUUUGAUACAGCGCGGUGUAUGACAACUACAUUGUUGAGUACUCUUUUUCAUUUUUCUCUUGAUUUUGCCACGUAAUGUAUCCGCUUUUUUUCUUUAAAAAAAAAAAAGAACAUCUAUCUAUUUUAUUUUCUUCCAUUCUAAAUUAUUGUUAUUGAUUUGUAUUUCUAGGAAGUAAAGACAACUCCACGUCCAAAUUGAGUAGUUAGCUAAUUUGCAUACUAUUUAUUUAUUUAUUUCUCUUUGUU